CAGCGACAACGCCGAGACUUAACGGACCUUUAGUUCACUAAACUGAUCUCACAGAUUGUCGGCAUUAAGCAUCUCUCAGCGCGAGAGCUGACCAAUGCGUGCAUUUCCUGGUUCAUCAGCAGAUUUCGGUCGUCGGGCGAUGAGAAGAGUAAUGUUGCGUGACCAUUUCAACAUUUCAAAGUUAACGGCAUCGUGUCUAUUGACGUGAUGUGACUAUAUAGCCCGCCUGUGCUAUACUUGGAUAUCUUCAUCUCGCAUUGCUAAACAAUUUACAGGCACAGAGUUGAGCCGGUUUCUCGCGUCAGGUUGUAGCGCCAGGCUGAAUUGUCUGCGCGAUUCUUCUCGCUGGAAACACGAUAAGACAUGAGUUCUCGCACUAUUGCAGUUGCUGGCGGUACAGGCAAGCUUGGUCGCGCUAUCGUCGAAGAGCUUAUCGCCCAUGGAGGCUAUAAGGUUUUCGUUCUCAGCCGCGAGUCUGACGUGCAAAUCUCAAAUGUACUUGGAGCCAGUACACUAGCUACCGAUUACGGCAAUGUCAAUAGUAUCGUUAAGCAACUCGAGACCAACGACGUCGAUACCGUCAUCUCCACCUUGGGCUCUACGUUCGGCACAGACUCUGAACUCGCACUUAUUAAAGCAGCGGAGAGCUCUAAAAAGACUACACGAUACAUCCCCAGUAUUUGGGGAAUACCCUGUUCGCCAGAAGCCGCGGCCAUUCUCCCCGCGAUGAGCGCGAAGAGAGCCUAUCUCGACAUUCUCGCAAGCACCUCUUUGGAAUACACUGCAGUGUCGAACGGUAUUUUCCUGGACUACUACGGGUUUCCGAAGGUGAAGUCCUAUCUCGGAAAUUUACCCCGCGUAAUCGACAUGGCUGGAAACGCUGCCGCCAUUCCCGGAUCUGGAGAUGUGCCCGUUGUCUUUAGCUAUAGCUUUGACGUGGGGCGUUUUAUCGCUGCAUUGCUAUCAUCUGCCAGGUGGGAGAAAGAAUCGGUCAUCAUCGGCGACAAGAUGACGUGGAAUGAGUUUCUCAUCGUGGCCGAGGAGACAAAGGGUACCAAGUUUGAAUGCAAGCAUGACUCGUUGACAACUUUGCAAAAGGGUCGUUCAACAGCACUGCCCAGCCAGAGACAACUGUACCCGUAUUUCCCGCAAGAGAAGCUCGAGCGUAUGUGUGCGAUGUUUGGUAUGCUGUUUGAGAACGGCUUCUUCAACUUCAAGAAUGAAGGAAGCUUGAACGAGAAGUUUCCAAAUAUCGCCACAAAGAGUGUGAAAGCCUUGAUAAAGGAAUCGUGGUCGGACAGUUGAGACGCAGAUGGAUUCUAGCGAUAGCACCGCACAGACUGGUGCAAUGUUUGGUCGCGUGUCUCGGGAGCGAUACCUGCCUAGUAUCCGUUUCAUAGUCGUUAUAUGCGAUAAUGGGCAUCCCAGC